GCCGGCAGUCACUGCCGGCGGGGAGGCUGGGGUCACCUGAGCCGGAGCCCCCUCCUUGGCGGGGGCGUCCGGCACCACCUCAGUGAGGCCGCGGCGCAGGGCAAAGAGACGCCACAUAGCCACCAGCCGCUGCACCAGGAUCAGUAAGGCAACUGGAACAGGGCAGGGGACGGGCUUGCCCCCACUCCCACUGUGUUUCUCGCUAGUUCCCGAGUGCCCUCCCCAGGCAGUGCCUCUCAUCGCCCCUCUCCUCGCUCGCUAGCCUUCGAUGCUUUUUCCUUUGGAUGUGGGGCUUUGGGAGCGUCGCGCUCGGGCGGUAAUCUGCCGUCCGCCCGGGAGUGCGUUUGGGCAGUCGGGUCCUGGGGAUGGUGCCUGUCCCAGUGAUUCAUCAGAAAGUGGCAUGCUGUCCCGCCUGGGUGAUUUGCUCUUUUACACUAUUGCUGAAGGACAGGAACGAAUCCCUAUCCACAAGUUCACCACUGCACUAAAGGCCACUGGACUGCAGACAUCAGAUCCUCGGCUCCGAGACUGCAUGAACGAGAUGCACCGCGUGGUCCAAGAGUCCAGUAGUGGUGGCCUCUUGGACCGAGAUCUCUUCCGAAAGUGUGUGAGCAGCAACAUUGUGCUCCUGACCCAGGCAUUCCGAAAGAAGUUUGUGAUUCCUGAUUUUGAGGAGUUCACGGGCCAUGUGGAUCGCAUCUUCGAGGAUGCCAAAGAGCUCACUGGAGGCAAAGUGGCAGCCUACAUCCCUCAGCUGGCCAAGUCAAACCCAGACCUGUGGGGUGUCUCCCUGUGCACUGUGGAUGGUCAGCGGCACUCUGUGGGCCACACAAAGAUCCCCUUCUGCCUGCAGUCCUGUGUGAAGCCCCUCACCUAUGCCAUCUCCGUAAGCACCCUAGGCACUGACUACGUGCACAAGUUUGUGGGCAAAGAGCCCAGUGGCCUGCGCUACAACAAGCUCUCCCUCAAUGAGGAUGGAAUUCCCCAUAACCCCAUGGUCAAUGCUGGUGCCAUUGUCGUCAGCUCCCUAAUCAAGAUGGACUGUAACAAAGCAGAGAAGUUUGAUUUUGUGUUGCAGUAUCUCAACAAAAUGGCUGGGAAUGAAUACAUGGGUUUCAGCAAUGCCACAUUCCAGUCAGAGAAGGAAACAGGGGAUCGGAAUUAUGCCAUCGGCUAUUAUCUCAAGGAAAAGAAGUGCUUUCCUAAGGGAGUGGACAUGAUGGCUGCCCUUGAUCUCUACUUCCAGCUGUGCUCUGUGGAGGUCACCUGUGAAUCAGGCAGUGUCAUGGCAGCCACCCUCGCCAAUGGUGGGAUCUGCCCCAUCACAGGCGAGAGUGUGCUGAGUGCUGAAGCAGUGCGCAACACCCUCAGCCUCAUGCAUUCCUGUGGCAUGUAUGACUUCUCUGGCCAGUUUGCCUUCCACGUGGGCCUGCCAGCCAAGUCAGCUGUAUCGGGAGCCAUCCUCCUGGUGGUACCCAAUGUCAUGGGAAUGAUGUGCCUGUCACCCCCAUUGGACAAGCUGGGGAACAGUCACAGAGGGACUAGCUUUUGUCAGAAGUUGGUGUCUCUCUUCAAUUUCCACAACUAUGACAACAUGAGGCACUGUGCUCGCAAGUUAGACCCACGGCGUGAAGGAGGAGAAGUUCGGAACAAGACUGUGGUCAACCUGUUAUUUGCUGCCUAUAGUGGUGAUGUCUCAGCUCUUCGAAGGUUUGCCUUGUCAGCCAUGGAUAUGGAACAGAAAGACUACGACUCGCGCACAGCUCUGCAUGUUGCUGCAGCUGAAGGACACAUUGAAGUUGUUAAAUUCCUGAUCGAGGCUUGCAAAGUGAAUCCUUUUGUCAAGGACAGGUGGGGCAACAUUCCCCUGGAUGAUGCUGUACAGUUCAACCAUCUGGAGGUAGUCAAACUGCUUCAAGAUUACCAGGACUCCUACACACUCUCUGAGACUCAGGCUGAGGCAGCAGCUGAAGCUCUGUCCAAAGAGAACUUAGAGAGCAUGGUAUGAGCACAGGUCAUGGAUAGCCUCUGCUCAAGAAAAAGCAUUAGCUGGCCACACAUGCAAUCCAUACCCACCAAAAAUGCUAUGGAGAACUAUACUGCUUCAGUCGGGACCAAGCAGUCAUUUGGUGACUUGGGGUACUGCUUUCUAUGAGAGUCAAAAUACCCCAUUCCCUCAGCAGACAGAGUACAGAGAAGGGCUAUCUCUGGAUAGCAGUAGAGCUAUCCAGAGAGAAUGGGCUUCAAAGUACAGCCAAAUGGCUUGCCCCACUCAAAACCAUCCCAGGUCUUCACCCAGAUCUCCUCUUCCUCUCCCUGAAGAAACCAUCAUGAGAGAGAGACACUCUGGUGGAAGGACUCUAGCUACCAUGCACAUGUAUAUAUCCACAGAAUAAGGGAAGUGGGAAUGGCUAUAUAUAUGGCUUUAGUAGUCUGGAAAGAUCUACUCCCCUUGGCCAGGAGAUGCUGCAGCUACUGCUAACGGCAAUUUUAUAGACAGAGAAAGUAUUUUAUGUUCAAAUAAACUUUAAUUAUCAAAUCA